UCAGACAACGACAAUUUAAGUUUGAGCCCUCAGAGAACGACCCUCUCGUGGAAAUCAUGAAAGAGUUUAGCAUCUUUUUCAUCUGGUUUCUCAACCUGUUGCUGCUGGAGAGCUCAUGUGCUGCUGACUCAAGUGUUGUGAAUCCCUGUUGCUCUUACCCGUGUCAGAACGGAGUGUGUGAGCGCUUUGGUCCAGAGAGCUACCGAUGCGACUGCACUAACAGCGGCUACUAUGGAGACUCCUGCGAGAUUCAGGAGCUCUGGAUCAGAUUUCGUCUCUCGACGAAGCCGAGACGGCCGAUACUCCACUACAUCAUGACCCACUUCCAGUGGUUCUGGGACGUCGUCAACAGCUGUUUCCUGCGAAACGCAAUCAUGUACUUAAUUCUGACAAUCAGAGACGAAAUUAUUCCAAGCCCACCGAUCUACAAUACCAAAUAUGGAUACGUCAACAUGGAGUCGUUACACAACAUCUCCUCCACCCGUCUCCUCCCUCCGAUUCCUGAAGACUGCCCGUUGCCGAUGGGAACUAAAGGUAAACCACAACUACCUGAUCCCGGAGUGUUGACUGAACGUUUUUUUAGGAGGAAGACAUUUCGGCCAGACCCUCAGGGAUCCAAUCUGAUGUUUGCCUUCAUGGCCCAACACUACACCAACCAGUUUUUCAAGACGGACCAUUCAGUCCAAGGUGUCUUCACCAAGGCUUUAGGACAUGGGGUGGAUGCGGGCAAUAUCUAUGGAGACAACCUCGUGAGACAGCAUCACCUCCGGCUUCAUGAAGAUGGAAAGCUGAAAUAUCAGACAGUAAAUGGGGAUGUGUACCCUCCUACUGUAGCCGAGGUCCCUGUGCACAUGUUGUACCCUGAACGCGUCCUUCCAGAAGACCGUCUGGCCAUUGGUCAUGAGAUGUUCGGCCUCCUGCCAGGCCUCAGCAUGUACGCCACCGUAUGGCUGAGGGAGCACAACAGAGUCUGUGACAUCCUGAAGGCAGAACAUCCGACCUGGGACGAUGAGCAGCUCUUCCAGACCAGCAGACUGAUCAUCAUCGGAGAGAUCAUCAACAUUAUAAUAGAAGAGUACAUGCAGCAUCUGACUGGGUACCUGGUGAACCUGAAGUUCGACCCCACCCUGCUCUUCAAAACACGUUUUGCGUACAGCAACCGCAUCGCCCUGGAGUUCGCCCACCUCUCCCACUGGCACCCGAUGAUGCCCGACAGCUUCCUCAUCGACGGAGAUGACAUCCCGUACUCCCAGUUCAUGUCCAACACCUCCCUCCUCAUGCACUACGGUGUGGAGAAACUAGUGGAGGCCUUCUCCCAUCAACCCGCCGGACAGAUUGGUGGAGGUCACAACUCUCAUGCAGAAGCGCUCAAAGCGUCAGAAAUGGUCAUCAGAGAGUCCCGAGCGAUGCGUAUGCGGCCCUUAAAUGAAUACAGGAAAAGGUUUAAACUAAAGCCAUACACCUCUUUUUAUGAGUUAACCGGUGACGUAGAAAUGGCCCGAGGUUUAGAGGAGCUCUAUGGCGAUAUAGAUGCUGUGGAGUUCUACCCUGGCCUCCUGCUGGAGAACACGCUUCCUACCAGUUUGUUUGGCGAGAGCAUGUUGGAGAUGGGCGCUAGCUUCUCCCUGAUAGGCCUGAUGGGAAACCCCAUCUGCUCCUCUCAGUACUGGAAGCCCAGCACCUUUGGGGGAGAGACGGGGUUCAAUAUCGUGAAAACUUCAACUCUGAAGAAACUGGUGUGCCUCAACACCAAGUGGUGUCCAUACGUGGACUUCCAUGUGCCCCGAAACGAGGACGAAACCAAUCCAGGGAAACCAUCGACUGAACUUUAAUGACGAUUUCAUAAUUAGUUCAUCAAUGUACUGAAUGUGGGAUAUAUUGUAGUUGUUGUUUGAUAUCUUUACAUCUGUCAUAAUCCCAUUCGGACUGGAUUUUAGGAGAGGAGUGAUUUUAAUUCUACAUGUGCUAAUUCAGUGGUUUUAUUCACGCAUGGUGUUUUGUACAUUGAAGCCGUUCUACCUCCAAUAAAAUCCAACUGUC